GUUUAAGUGAAAUUAUACAAAAUGGUGGUUCGACCCUACGAAGAGGAGCUGAAAUAUUUGGAAAAGGUCAGUGAUUGCUGCUGGCGUAUUAAGAAGGGAUUCCAACCCAAUAUGAAUGUGGAAGGUUGCUUCUAUGUCAAUGAACGGUUGGAAAAGCUGAUGUUUGAAGAGUUGGAGAAUGCCUGCCUUCCCGAUGCUACAGGCGGGUUUUUGCCUGGCGUUAAGCAAAUAGCAAAUGUGGCUGCUUUGCCUGGUAUUGUGGGACGUUCGAUAGGCCUGCCUGAUAUUCAUUCCGGUUAUGGUUUUGCCAUUGGUAAUAUGGCUGCUUUCGAUAUGGAUGACCCUAAUGCAAUUGUUAGUCCUGGUGGUGUCGGUUUCGAUAUCAAUUGUGGUGUGCGUUUACUGAGAACAAAUCUCUUCGAAAAAGAUGUCCAGCCGGUGAAGGAACAAUUGGCUCAAAGUUUAUUUGAUCACAUUCCUGUGGGUGUGGGUUCUAAGGGUAUAUUGCCCAUGAAUGCCGAAGAUUUGGAGCAGGCUUUGGAAAAGGGUAUGGAUUGGAGUUUGGAUAAAGGUUAUGCAUGGGCUGAAGAUAAGAAACAUUGUGAGGAAAAUGGUCGCAUGUUAAAUGCCGAUCCCUCCAAGGUCAGUUUGAGAGCCAAAAAGCGUGGUCUACCCCAACUGGGAACAUUGGGUGCUGGUAACCAUUAUGCAGAAAUACAAAUUGUCGAUGAGAUCUAUGAUAAAUUUAGUGCCUCCAAAAUGGGUAUUGAGGAGAAGGGCCAGGUGUGUAUUAUGAUUCAUUCUGGAUCUAGAGGAUUUGGUCAUCAAGUCGCCACUGAUGCUCUGGCGGAAAUGGAAAAAGCAAUGAAGAGGGAUAACAUCCAAACAAAUGAUCGCCAGCUAGCCUGUGCUCGUAUCAACUCCCAGGAAGGUCAAGAUUACCUCCAAGCUAUGGCUGCUGCAGCCAAUUUUGCUUGGGUUAAUCGUAGUGCCAUGACAUACCUAACUCGCCAAGCCUUUGCCAAACAAUUUCAAAGCACACCCGAUGAUCUGGAAAUGCAUGUUAUCUAUGAUGUCUCACACAAUAUUGCCAAAAUUGAAAAUCACAUUGUCGAUGGCAAGGAAAAGAGAUUGUUGGUACAUCGUAAGGGUGCCACACGUGCUUUCGCACCCCAUCACCCUCUCAUUCCUGUGGAUUAUCAGGAGACGGGCCAACCCGUCUUGGUGGGUGGUACUAUGGGCACCUGUUCCUAUGUCUUAACUGGUACCGAAAAAGGUAUGCAAGAGACAUUCGGUUCGACUUGCCAUGGCGCCGGUCGUGCUCUGUCUCGUGCCAAAUCAAGACGAAAUCUCGAUUAUAAAGAAGUUUUGGGAAAACUGGAGGAAUUGGGUAUUGCCAUUCGUGUGGCCACACCCAAAUUGGUAAUGGAAGAGGCUCCAGAGGCUUAUAAAGAUGUAACAGAUGUUGUGGAUACCUGUCAUGCCGCCGGUAUUAGUAAGAAAUGUAUUAAACUGAGACCCCUGGCUGUUAUUAAAGGCUGAA